CUUUGCUCAAGGGAGCGGGGAGGCAUCCCUGAGAAAGGGCGUUACAAUCCCCGGUAUAGGGGGGGUGAGUGACUGUGUCUUUUUCCUUUUCUUGGUCACACCUCAUAGGUGAAACUACUGAUAGGACAGACUUAAGUAUCUAUUUUUCCAGCAUGGAGUUUUUAGGAUCUACCUUAACAGCAACUUUUGCCCAUCCUAGCCCCACACCUCCCAAUUUUCUACCAGCUAUCAGUACCAUGGCAUCAAGUUAUAAGAAUCGAUUUCCUCACUACUCCUUUACUCAUAGGUUGAGCCUUCCAUGGAGACCAAGCACAUAUUAUAAAGUAGCUUCCUAUUCACCUACCUUAGCUCCAUUAUCCAGAGGAGCUGAGGGACCAUGUAGGAACAGGAUGCUUCCCUUUAUUUCUAAUAGAACAACACUUUUCACAAGAUAUACACCAGAUGAUUGGUACAGAUCCAACCUGACAAAUUACAAAGAGUCUGAAAGUUCCAGACAUAAUGCAGAAAGACUAAGGGUAGAUACAUCUCGGAUGAUUCAAGACAAAGAUCAACAAACAAGAAAUACCCAAUCAGAUACCACCAAAAACUUAGGAGAAAGAGUCAAUGACAUUGGAUUUUGGAAAUCAGAACUCAUUCACGAGUUGGAUGAGAUGAUUGGAGAAACAAAUGCACUUACAGAUGUUAAGAAAAGGUUGGAGAGAGCUUUGGCUGAAACAGAAGCACCUCUUCAGGUAGCUCAAGAAUGUUUAUUUCACAGAGAGAAAAGGAUGGGCAUUGAUCUUAUUCAUGAUGAUGUGGAAAAACAACUCUUGACAGAAGUUGAUGUUAUUAAAUCUUGUCAAGAAAGAAUGAGGCAACAUCUGGACAAGGCCAUUGCUCAACUUGCAGCUGACAGAGCGGUCCAACAUGAGCUGGAGAAGGAUCUCAGUGAUAAACAGACAGCCUUUCGGAUUGAUGAUAAGUGUCACCACCUGCGAAAUACAUCAGAUGGUAUUAGUUAUUAUAAAGGUGUGGAACGAAUCGAUGCUACGAUCUCAGUGCCGGAAUCAUGGGCCAAGUUUACUGAUGACAACAUUCUUCGUUCUCAGAGUGAAAGGGCAGCUUCUGCCAAACUGAGAAAUGAUAUUGAAAACCUAUUGGUUGUGACUGCAAAUGAAAUGUGGAAUCAGUUCAAUACAGUCAAUGUUGCUUUCACCAAUCGCAUUUCUGAGACAGGAGAUGCCAAAAAUAAGAUUCAGAUGCAUUUAGCAAAGACACUACAAGAAAUCUUCCAAACUGAAAUGGCCAUAGAAGCAAUCCGAAAAGCCAUUCGGGACAAAGGAGCACCUUUGAAGGUGGCACAGACUAGACUGGAUGAGCGUACAAGAAGAACAAAUGUAGAACUGUGCCGAGAUACAGCCCAAUUACGCCUUGUUAAUGAAGUUCAUGAAAUUGAUGACACAAUCCAGAGUCUGCAGCAGCGAUUGAGAGAUGCUGAGGACACCCUACAAGCACUGGUCCAUGCCAAAGCUAUGCUGGAACAUGACCUGGCUGUCAAAUCAAACUCUCUCUUUAUUGACCAGGAAAAAUGCAUGGGAAUGCGCAAAAGCUAUCCUAGCACUCUCAGGCUGGUGGGAUACUCAUAAAUGUUUUUACCUGAGCAUUUAAUGCAUUAAACAAAAACAAGACUCUGAGGGUUCUAUUAUAAGAUUGUAAAAAAACAGUGUGAGAAUAUUUUAAUUCAUUAAAGAAUACUCUUAAUAUAAAUUAAAUGAUUCAGGUUUGUAUUACCUUUUCCUUGUUGUUUCCAAGAAAAAUGCAUUCAUAGUUUUUUUUUUUAGUGACUUCUAUAGCCUUCAAGGGCUCUCAGAACUGUGUGGAAACCAACUCUCCAUUCAAAGAAUUUAUAAUCUAGCUAGAAGAUGAGUCAUAGACAUGUGAAGAUGCUUUACAAUAUAAGGCAAUAAAUAAUGCUAAAUAAGUGCUAUAGAUGGUAAAUAGAGUUGGGGAAAAUGAAAGGUGAGGGGUGGCAGUGAAUAGGAAAGACUUGGAAUUUGAGUGGGACCUUGAAAAGAAUAGGUAGAAUCUAUAUAAGUGGAAAGAAAAGGUAAAGGACCAAUCCAGGUAGAGGGAAACCUUGAAUAGAAGUGCAAAGAUGGUAAAUUAAAACUCUUCAAGGUACAGUGAUUAGACCAAUUUGACUGGACCCCUAUUCAAUAAACUCCAUUUCCUCCCUUUUAGCUCUGGGGUUAAAUAAAAAUCAGCUGUUUGGUUUUUAAAAGCCUUUUAUAACAUGGUUCUUUCUAGCUUUCUAAUCUUCUUAUUAGACCUUACUCCCUUCCAUAUAUUCUAUAAUCCAGUAACACUGACCUCUUUGCUGUUUCUCAUACACAAGUCUCUGUAUCUCCCAACCAUUUGUUUUCACUGGUUGUCCCCCAUGCCUAGGAUUCUUUCCCUCUUCAUCUCCUAUUCCUGGACUGCCUAGCUUCAAGUCUCAGCUAAAAAUCCCACUUUCUAUAAAAAUGGCAAUGUUUCACCUCAGAGAUUAUCUUCAUAUUAUCCUGUAUUUAUUUUAUUUGUCCAUGGUUGGUUGCAUGUCAUCUCCACAUUAGACUCCAAACUUUUUGAAAAUAGGGAUUGUUUUGCCUUUGUGUCCCUGUUACUUAGCACAGUAUCUAGCACAUAGCAGCACUUAAAUGUUUAUUGACAAGUCAAGACUUGUUCAGGACAAUAUUGGAAGAUAUGUUUGGAAAGUUAAAUUGGGAACAAAUUAUGGAGAGCCUUGAAUGCCAAGUUGAGUUAUUUGGACUUGCUUGUGUAGAAUUUUUUAAAAAUACAGCAUUGGUUCCUAUUUAGUGGUUCAUGAACCCCUUAAGGACUAGUGAAGGUACAAGGGAUUUGUGCUAAAAAUGUUUAAUGGAAUCAUAAGCAACAAAUAAUUGUUCAAUUAUGUUACAAAUAUGUGACAACAUACAUGUACAUGUUUGAGACAUUAUAUGUUUGCUUCUGCAGUUAUUUGGAAAUAAUAUAAUUAUGUACACAACAAUUUUUGUAUUCAUUAAAAGAUUACAUCAAACCCUGACUGUUUAUAACUAAGCAUAAAUAUGUCCUUGCAGUUUAUCAACUUGUCAUCAAAUUGUUUCCAAACCACCAUUGAGGUUCAACAUUUAAGUACAAAGUGAUUCCCAGUGAGUGAUCAGACACAUGUGCACACCCUCAGUUGCAUACUGCAUAUGGCAAUAGAAUAGCUCCCUCAUUUCCUUCUGUUACCCUGUAAUCAUACCUCAUCAGCUGUAAUUAUGAUGUUACAAACAUUUUCAUUUUUUUAGCACAAAUGUCAGAAUGUUUGAAAAUGAUGAUUGCUGGGCACACACAUUAUAGCUUCUUGAAACCAUCACAAAUAUUCUGCAAAACAAACUUUAUAUUGCCUUUCAUUGCAGUGUAAAGUUGUAUUCCCAUUUAAAUGUAUUCUCUACUUACUUUACUAUUUUUCUACCUGGUAGAUUUUCAAAGGAGCUGGUUGGCAAUAUUGGUCAGUUAUUCAGUAGAGUUUCCGAGAGAAUGUAGCUGGUGUGCCAGUGGUACAGAAAAAAAGUCAUGUUUGAAGAGAUUCUUCCUUAUAAAGAUUAGUUUAUAUAUAAAUAUUGAUAAAAAAUAAAGCAAUAUGUGAAAUUGAACUUUGCAAUCACAGUUUAAUAUAACACUUGUUAACCAGUAGAAAAGUAAAUAUUUUAUACUGCAACUAUCCAUUUUCAUUAACUAAUUAGGUAGCCAUGUCUUGUGGAGUCCACAUACACCAGUAAUGGCAUCAUUUAGCUGAGAGUAGGAGGCAGGACAAAGAGAGAGGAGGAAGUGUCCCAAUAGAUAAUAGUCUAUUGUUACGAUACAAAACCCCUUGGAAAGAUACACAUCUUCAUCAAUUGUGCUAGUACAAGAUUAUUACAUAUUUAAUAAGUAUUGAAUGUAAAAAAAGAAUUUUUGUAGAAAUCUAUUUUAAAAAAAUUAUGGCAGCCCUAAUGGAUUAUUCAAGAUAUUGGAAGUGUUUUUUUUUAAAAAAAGAAUAUUAAAAGAUGUAUUAAUGAGGAAUUUCAAAAUAUUAAUUUAGAUUUAGCACACUGCAAUGAGGAAAUUAGUAAAAAUUACUUAAUAGGUCACAAAUAUUUGAGAUACUUUUGUAUUGUAAUGUGAGAAGUAUGGGAAAGGUUAUAAUGAAGGAUACAUUAAAUUUGCUUUUUAAUUUCUUAGAGAUAAUGUCUAUGACCACAAUGUUUAAUUUCUGGAGAAAUUCUUGCAAAUAAUGGCUUAAAUCCUUCUCUUUUGUCUCAAUGUUUAUCAUCAAAACAUGAAAACUGUUGAUAAACCUUUUGAUUUUUUUGGAUGGACAGAACAAGAUUGGAAAACACACAAUACUGAUUUUUCUAUUUCUGUAAAUAAGAAAGUAGAAAAGUGAUUGAAUUUUCAUACCUAGUAAAUUAUCAAAUUGCAAAAAUAUGGGGAAGUUCCUACUAUUUCAUAAAAACUAAUUUUUUCCAUAUGCCAAAGCAAUUGUCAAGUUUAUGUUUGGAGAUGAUUCCAGCAAAAUGUUUAAGAUAUUACACAUUUCUAAGACCACAGUGUCUCAUCAGAUAUAUGAUGUAUCCAAUGAUGUUAGAUCAGUGGUUGUAGAGUUUUUUAAAAAGUGACAAUUUGAUAAGAAAACAGAUGUGUGUAACCUAGCAAUUUUAAUUGCAUUCAUAAGAUAUCUACAUUAUGGAACAAAACGAUCACUUUUUACAGGCUUAGAAGAUAAUCAAAAUAAAUGUACUAUAUUAAUAAAUAAUAACAUUAAUUAGCAUUGUAAA